CAAUACUCAACAAUAAUGUACUCUGAGGUGUAUCUACUUUCCUAACGUUUGUAUACACUACUACGCGAAAUUCCUCCCUUCCCUGUCGCAACAUUUGUAACGCCAAGUACGAUCAAAUGAAAUAUAUCCAUUUCCGCUCCUUAAACAUGAAUAAUCGAUAUUGAUUGAAUACUUAUUCGAGUGAAUUUAAUUAUUACAAGUUACAUUUAUUAAAAUUUAUUAAAAGAAACUCGUUCAAAGAAAGUUUCUGUCAAUCUUUUCGUCGCCCUACUGUGUAGGUUAAGAUUAAUGAUUUAAUAUUGAACAAGGAAUUUGAUGAUCUACUGUUGAAGGAAUUUUAUCGUCGUGAAAUUUGAAAAUUAUAAAACAGUCUCAAGAAAAAAUCGAUGAUGAGAUGUGUAAGAUUUCAAAAUGAUAAAAGACAUUGGAAUGGGAGAGAAGAAAAUGUGACGACGAAUGAGAAAAUAGAUGAGACUAAUAAAAAUUCUACUCAAAAAUAUGAUGAAUUUCCAAUUUCUAAUCAUAGUACACCAGUUACAAGCAGACAGAAUGCAAACAAUGCCGAAGAAGCACUAGAGCCUAAUCAUUACCAAAGUCCACUUUUACUUCCAUGUACACAGGAGGGUGGUAAUGAGGUUGCAUGGGAUUGGCAUAAUUCUCAGAAGAAAACUCCUGAAAGUAAAAAUAAAAGACAAAACGUUCAUUGUGAGACGCCUAAAGGAACUAAGCUGUUACACAAAAAGAGGAACUCGGAUUCACCUUUAUUGUAUAAGCCACUUAAAAGAAAGACCAUUAAUAUGGAAAACAUAGAAAACAUUGGACAAUUUGCAGCUGAGUUGCAAGCAUUAACUAAAAAAAUGAGUGUUAUAAAACACAAUGACCAGGAUCAUUCAAAUAAUCAAGUCGAGAAAGAAGAGCUUAUCUUAGCAGAUACAAGUUAUAAAGAAGAAAUGUCAAUAAAUGAAGAUAACAAGCAGAAUUCCAUUGAAGAAAUAAAUGACUAUAGUAAUGUUAUUAAAGAAAUAAAUUGUGAUGAUCUAUUUGAUGAUUGGACAGAUGAUGCGACUCAAGAAUUGGAGGAGAAAUUAAAUUCCAUCAUAGACAAAGGAAAUUCUACACAUUCAGAGUCAAGUGUCAAGAAAGGAGAAUUGUCUCAAAUACCUUGUGUAAAUAGUGUAUCCAAUAAAAAUACCAUACAAUCUACUUCCAAUGAAAAUAUUAAAGAAUCGCCAACUGAAAAUAUUUUCUAUAGAAGUACAAAUAAUAAUAAUACAUUAAAGACAUAUUCAAAUUUAUCGUUAAAAAGGAAUUCAGAUUCUAGUAUACAUAACACAGGGCAAAUAAACAAAAACUUUUAUAAAUCGUGUCUAAGUGAUGAUAACAUGAUACAUUCUAGUAUUAGAAAUCUGUGCGAAGAUAGGAAAUUAUCAAAAAAUAAACCCAUAAAAUCAUUUGACUUUCCUGAUGACUCUUUUGAUGAUUGUUUAGCAGCCUGUAUCGAGGAGGAAAAAUUACCAACAAUGUUUGAUUCUUUGGUUCAUGAAAACAAUAGUACAAAAUCUAAAGUUAAUUAUGAACAUUUGACUCAUGCACCAUUAAAAUUGGAAACUAACUCCUCUAAAUCUACAGUGAAAGGUGGAACAUCUAGUACUAACUUGUCAGCAGAUAAGAAGUUUUUUAAGACUAAAAGUUUAUCUGAUAAAUUAAUUAAUCAGAGCACAGUUACAAACACUAAGGAUAAAGCAAAUUCAAUGAGAGCUAUGAUGCACUUAAACUCAACCAAAAAUUCGACGAUAACAUGUACAAGUGUCACACGUGCCUCCGUAAGUACAAAUCCGAUUGUUACAAAUUGUAAAGUUGAGAAUAGUGCAAUUUUGUUAAUGCGCGAUGCGGCUCGAACGUAUGGGUCCGAUGUUAACAGGUGCAUGGUAAAAGAAGAUGGUAAUCAUUUCGUUAGACACCAUUCCACUGGUAAUAUGAAAACCGAUACAAAAGAAAUAUCAAAGACUGGUUCGCAGCCGGCUCGAUGUUCAAAAGAAGAAAUUGAAAGAAAGAGAUUGCAGGCUGUAAUGAAGCUCGAAGCGAAAAAAAAAAUGUACGCCGAAAUGAAGAUUACAAAUAAUAUUAAUAGGUGAAGAAAUAGUGUCUUAUCUUCUACUGUCUACUCGUUGCUCGAAAGUGAUAUACGACUUUCUUAAUUAUGUAUAAUCCUAUAUAUCGUUUCAUCGACGAAAUUAUUCUCAUUCUGUGAUCGUCAUUGUUAUAUAUCAUUAUCAUCAUA